AUGUGAUGUACUUGUACAUGCUCGGUGUUAUUAUUAUAACCUUAAAUUAGUUACUUAAUUAAAAUAUUGAGAAGAAUAGUGCAACGACCACUGUAGCAAUGGGGUCGUCAGACGAGGAGUUUGGUUGGAUGAACACGUCAAAUGAUGACUCCGAUACGGAACCGGAAAAGAAAUAUGAUGGUGAAUCAGAGUCCGGCAAAAACUACAAAAAGAAACUACAAAAGGAGCUGUUUCAAAAUGGCGACCACAACGAGUCUCACGAGCGUAAAAAACUCAAGAAACCGAAGCGAGAGGAGUCCUCCUCCCUGUCCCCUUCACCCCGCCGCGUCAAGCGCGAGCGCGAGUCGCUCGUCAACGGGCACGACGACUCCGCCGCGGCCGAGCACAUGCUCAAGGUGAAGAUCAAGGAAGAAAAAGCCAGCUUCGCCGUCCCGCGCGGCUCCCCGCGCAAGCGCCGCGCCUCCGCCGUCCACGCCGAGCCCGAGCCCGAGCCCGAGCCCGAGCCCGAGCCCGAGCCCGAGCCCGAACAGCCGCGGAAGAAAAAGAAGAAACGCGACAAAGAAAGGGACGAACAGCAAUCCUCCACCACUGAGGCCGUCUACGGACCCGCCGCGGACCCCGACGAGCCAGCCGAGCGUUCCGCUAAAAGCUCCGAGUCCCCGAAGAAAAAAAAGAAUAGAAAGAAAACUGAAAAAGAAUCCUCAAACGACCAGGAAUAUUUCGACGGGUGGUGGAAAUUCGAGGCGGAGGAGACGGUCGUCCAGGAACGCCCGACGCCAAAGAAGCGCGAGGAAGAAGUCAAGCCUUUCACGAGCAAGGAGUUCGUCAGCGAUGACGACUCAUCGGACGACGAGCGGCCCGCACCCGCCCCCGCGGCUCCGCGAGCUAGCCUGAGCGACGCCAAGUCCGUCGAAUCUCCCCGGCGAGCGAGAAUGUCCGACAGAAUAACCUUCGAGGAGGAAUCGCAGGCCGAGGCCGCAUCUAAACCUCGGAAAGAAUCGCACGCGUCGACGGAAUCUCCCCGCCGACCCCGACUAUCAGAAAGGAUCACGUUCGAGGAGGACUCGCGGGCGGGGCCCGAACCUCCCGCGCCGGCUCAAAACAUAACUCAGAGGAAAUCCCUGCCCGUAGAACGCCGGAGGAUAUCCGAGAGGAUAACGUUCGAGGACUCCAACUCGGAACCGGAGCGGGCGGCCGAGCCCCCGGCCCCGGCGCAAGUCUCCGCGGACAGCGGGCGACUCGGCCGCUUCCUGCGCGCGCACGCGCACAUGCAUCCCGUGCUCGGCGACUUCCCGCCCGGCGCCGCCAUCACCGCCAACGACGACAUAUGGAUCGUCCGCUGCCCGAGGGACUUGCCCGUCGGCGCGUUGAAGGGGAUCACGCUAGAUGUCGACUUCAAGAGUAAGGUGAAGAUCGGCGGGCAGGCGUACGAGGCGACGCCGGCGGCGAGCGCGGAGGGCGGGGGGGCCGGGGAGGGCGGGGAGCGCGUGGCGGUGCUGGCGCCGGCGACGCGCGGGAAGGGGUUCUGCGUCCGCUCCGUGCCCGUGCGAGGCCGCCUGCGCCUGCGAGCCAAGUUGCCGCGCCCGCGCGCUCCGCUGCAGACGGACAAGGGCUCCCCGGAGCGGAUCCCGCUGCCCGAGACGAGGCAGAGGCACCCGCUGCUGGGCGCCGACUUCGAGCGGACGCUGCCGGCCGAAGUGAUGAGACGUCUCGCCGCCGCUAGCGCCCGCACCGAAGAAGUCAUCGACGAAGUCGAUCACCACGUGCGGCGAGAGAAAAAGAAGAAAAAAAAGAAGCACAAGGAGCGGCCGGAACCCGAACCGGAGGUGGAGCCGGAACCUGAACGAAAGAAACGCAAGCGGAAACACAGCUCGCGGCACGAGCCCGAGCCGCGCGAGUCCGAGCGGGACCUCGAGUCGCCGCCGCGGAAGAAAAAGGUCAAAAAGGAAAAGAAAGAAAAGAAGCGGCGCGACGACGCCGCCGUCUGGGACUCCGAGCAGGCCAUCGAGGAGAGCCUCUUCAACUUUUAAUAGUUCUAUUAUUUUGUGUUAGGUAGAUUGAUCGAACGCUACAAGGAAUCUAUCGUUAGUGGUGAACAUGAGAAAAACAGCAUAUUUUGAGUCAUGUUUUUGCAAAACGUAAUAUCUAUGUAUUAUUACAAAAAGUAUGAUGUCGUAAAAAAAGUUAAUAGGUAGGUACUUACGUAGCAUAAAAAAUACGUUUUGAAGCUACAUUGGAUUGAGCAUCUUUAUUUUUGAAUAUAAAUCAAUUAUUGCCA